AUGGACGACAAUGACAGAGCCAUUUCUCGUUUGUUUAGGACAUUCAAAACGGUGAAAGAAAUGGUCAAGGAUAGAGGCUAUUACAUAUCCCAAGAGGAGCUUGAUAUGAGCUUGGAACAGUUCCGUUCUAUGGUAUGCAGUCCCAUGGGAGAGCCACAACGUAAACUCAUGUGUUUCCAAGCCACACCCACCGCUGAGCUGUUAGAGAAGUUCCCCGAUAUGGGAUCGCUUUGGGUUGAAUUUUGUGACGAAGCCAGUGUUGGUAUCAAAACAAUGAGAAACUUCUGUAUACACAUAAGUGAAAAGAAUUUCAGUGUUGGCAUAUUCAUUUAUCAAAAUGGUAUCACUCCAAGUGCCAACAAGUUGAUUCCAACUGUGCAACCAGCAACAAUUGAAACGUUUCAAGAAAAUGAUUUGAUUGUGAAUAUAACCCAUCAUGAAUUGGUUCCAAAACAUAUCAAGUUGAGCAGAGACGAGAAAAAGGAGUUGUUGGAGAGGUAUAGAUUGAAGGAAUCGCAGUUGCCUCGUAUUCAAAGAGAGGACCCAGUUGCUAGAUAUCUUGGGUUGAAAAGAGGUGAAGUUGUAAAAAUUAUCCGAAGAUCGGAAACUUCUGGACGUUAUGCAUCAUAUAGAAUCUGUUUGUAA